GCGAGCGUCUUGGAGGCCGGACCGGGCGCGGAGUCACAGACACCAAGACACUUGGGAAGGCGCCAUGUCGGAGCAGCCGGGGGAUGGCCGUCAGACCGCGUGCAGCAGCAAGGCCUGCCGCCGCCUCUUCGGCCCGGUGGACAGUGAGGAGCUGCGCCGAGACUGCGACGCGCUAAUGGCCGGCUGCUUACAGGAGGCCCGUGAGCGAUGGAACUUCGACUUUGUCACUGAGACACCGCUGGAGGGUGACUUCGCCUGGGAGCGCGUGCGGGGCCUCGGCCUGCCCAAGCUCUACCUGCCCCGGGAUGACUUGGGAGGGGGCAAGCGGCCCACCACCUUGCCUGCUCUGCUGCAGGGGACAGCCCCGGAAGACCACGUGGACCUGUCACUGUCCUGCACCCUCGUGCCUCGCUCAGGGGAGCCGCCCGAGGGGUCCCCGGGUGGGCCGGGAACCUCUCAGGGCCGAAAACGGCGGCAGACCAGCAUGACAGAUUUCUACCACUCCAAACGCCGGCUGAUCUUCUCCAAGAGGAAGCCCUGACGCGCCGUCCGAGGCUGGCGCUCCGGAGAUACGGGCGAUCGAAGGCUCCUUCCACAUUUUCUGCCUUAGACUGUGCGUCUUAAUUAUUAUUUGUGUUUUAAUUUAAACUGCUCCUGUGUACAUACCCCGCCUGCCCUCUCCGCCCCCCCCCCAGCCUCUGGCAUUAGAACUAUUUAAAACAAAACUAGGCAGUAGGAUGAUAGGCUCAUUGGAGCACUGGGUAUUUUUAUUAUAUGAAAUGUUAUUUAAAGCUCAUCUCCUUUCUCCGGGGGUGAGGCGGGGCUGCUUCAUGCCAGCCCUCCUCCUCCACCCUCCCGCUGCUCUCUGGAGGGGCCUGGCUCCCUCCUCUCUGUCUCGUGGGCGUUACGGAACUCCGCCCUUUCCUGGACUCUCAGACCUGAAUUCCUUCUAAUUUGAGAAGUAAAAAGACAGCACUUUGAAGGGGGCCCAGCUGAGUGGGGGCAUCGUCAGAAACGUUGCAGCCCCCGCACCUCGUCUGAGGCUGGGCAGGGGGCCCUUGACGUGGCACAGCCAAGCACAGGGCUGGGGACCUGGCACCCUCCUGGCUCUUGAUGCCCUGCUCUGUCUGUCCUGUGGAGGAGGGGAAGGUGGGGUCCUGGAGCAAGCCACCCCCUCCCCGCAGGCCCCUGUGUUGGGUCUUCCUGUGUUCUUCCGGGGCCCAGCCGCCCUCUCUCCCAGCUGGGCUCUCCAGUCCCCUCUGCUGCUCUCCCGUCCCCAUGUCCUUAUCCCCCAGUACCCUCGCAGCCCUGGCUAGCAGCUCUGGGGUGCCUGUCCCCCCAACUCAAUGGACUAAAAGGGGAAGGGACACGUAGAAGAAGGGCUCCUUAGUUCUACCUCAGGCAGCUCGAGCAGCAACCACCGCCUCCUCUUUUAGCUGUGGGCUUGGGGGUCCUGGGUGGCGGCACAGGCCUCCUGAGUGGGGGUCUCUCCAUGUUUGGGCUGUGUGGCGAGGGGAAUGGAUCUUUCUAGGAGGGAGACACCAGCUCCUGGAAGUUGUCCAGUGACCUUCCCCACCUGCCGCAUCCCUCCCCAUUUCAUUGCACUUUGAGAAGCAGCUGAACAAGGAGUCAGAAGGUUCUUAAUGGCGGGAGUAGAGGCUGUGGACAGGGCACGCUGAGGGGGCUAACGUGGGGCUGGGAGUGGCGAACGCUGAACACUGAGCCCUGGAGGUGCCGAAGCACCUGGUGGGUCUGACCCCAGAUACCUCCAGCUCCUGUACCAUCUGGCCUGGACUGUUUCUCUUGGUUCCCAUGUGUCCCGGUCCCCCUGUCUCUCCACCUAGACUGUAAACCUCUUAAGGGUGGGGACCCUGCCCUGUACUGCCCUGUGUCCUUCACGGCCCCUGCCACAGUGCUGAGUAUACAGCAGGUG